AUGGCGGCGGCGGUGGCCGGGGCCGCCCUGCUGGGCAAGGGGCUGGACAUCAGCCUGGCGGCGCUGCAGCGGCACGACCCCUACAUCAGCAGCAUCGUGGACGUGGCCAGCCAGGUGGCGCUCUACACCUUCGGGCACCGCGCCAACGAGUGGGAGAAAACUGAUGUGGAAGGAACACUCUUUGUUUACACAAGAUCAGCUUCUCCCAGGCAUGGCUUCACCAUUAUGAACAGGCUGAGCAUGGAAAAUCGAACAGAACCCAUCACUAAAGACCUAGAUUUCCAGCUGCAGGACCCUUUUCUGCUUUACAGAAAUGCCAGAUUGUCCAUUUAUGGAAUUUGGUUUUAUGAUAAGGAAGAAUGCCAAAGAAUUGCAGAGCUCAUGAAAAAUCUAACUCAGCAGGAGCAAUUCAAAGCACGGCAGGGGGCUGGAGCAGGAGCCUCUCCAAUGAUCCAGAGCUCUGGUGAUAGCAAGGAAGUGGAUAUCUUACGGAUGCUUACUAAGGCCAAAGAUGAAUAUACCAAGUGUAAGACCUGUUCAGAGCCAAAACAAAUGACCAGUUCCUCUGCUAUCUAUGACAACCCAAACCUGAUCAAACCAAUACCAGUGAAGCCCAGUGAAACUCAGCACCAACAAAUACCUCAUCAAGGCAAGAACAUGGACUCCGAACCACAACACUUAUCUUUGACAGCACUGUUUGGAAAACAAGAAAAUCCUACCAUAUACCAAGAUGUCCCAGAACAGUCACAGAAAAAGCACCAACUUAAUCUUUCUGUCAGGCAGAGGGUAGUGCGUUCACUGUCCUAUGAGGAACCUAGCGGACAUUCACCCUCAGCAGAGAAGCAGCUUUGCCCAGCUAUUCAAAAACUUAUGGUGCGUGGGACAGACCUUCAUCCACUCUCUGAGCUUCCUGAGAAUCGACUGUGUGAAAACGGCAAUGUCCGCUCCGUAGGGGAGGUUUUCACUGGACUCUUCCAACCGGUGACUUCUCAUGGUAUUGUAACAUCUCAUCCAGCCCAGGACACAACUGGCACUCAAAGCUUGUUACAGAAACUGCAGGGACAAUCAGGAUCAGUGACCAAAAUGGACCCAAGUGCAACAGGUACUGUAAGUUCAACAGCUUCAAUCUUCAGCAGGACUUCUGCUGCUACAGCAUCAGCAGCACAGAUAAAUAACAUGACCCAGCCACAUCUGGUAUAUUUCAAUGGCUCUCUUCCAACCCAGACUUUAGAGCCUCAGACUGUUGGUAAAGAACAGUCCAAACUUCCUAGACAGCCACUUUCCCUCUCGGGCAACCAAUCAACCAGUUCUGGAGUGAUUUCACCCCAAGAGUUACUGAAAAAACUCCAGAUAGUGCAACAGGAGCAACAGUUACAUGUGUCCAGCAGACCUACCUUGGCAGCUAAGUUUCCUGUAGUUACUCAGAACACCAACACUCUAAAACCCUUGGACGCCUGGAUAGACAAGACAUCAGGUGCACAAAAGCAGAGCCCUCUCUUUCAGGUCAUCCCACCUCAGCGCAUUCCUGCUACUGUGACUCCUGCACUGCUGAUGUCCCCCAUGCUGUUCACACAGUCCACACCUGCUCCACCAAAGGCAAGUGAAAGUGGGUGCUUACCACCAGCAAAUCAAGAAUCUGCUUCUAAUUCAGCUAGCCUUCUCCUUCCUAUGCAGAAUCCAGAGCCAUCUGUCGUAAACAGCAACUCAUUGACCAAGAUGCAGCUUCAGGAAACACUUUUACACCUGAUCCAGAAUGAUGACAACUUCUUAAACAUUAUCUAUGAAGCUUAUCUCUUCAGUGUGAGAAAGGCAGCAAUCAAAAAGUCUAUGUAAAAGAUAAUUUUAAAAUUAAAUUUCUAUGACUUCCUGAACUCCAGGAAGAA